CACACGCGCCAGUCCUCUGCGCAGCUUCACUUCUGUUUACAAGAGCGGACGAAACGAGCGUCAGUUUAGUGAAGCUGGGCUGGCUUAUUUGUUUGAAGCCGCAGAAAGAAACUUAAAAAAAAAAAAAAAAAACAGGAUUGUUCGGAGCUCCUUUUCUGCCUGCCUGCCUGCCUGCCUGCUGCUGGUUGUUUUGUUUAACGUACCCUCGCAGGACUCUGCCUGACUGGACUUCAUGGCUUUUCUACGCUGAAAGCGAUGACUAUGAGCUCUAUAUCGGACGCAUUAGUCUCGGCUGAUCCUUCCAAGUCGGCGUUUUUGGAGUUCGGCGGCCACGGCUACCCGGGACACCAGCAGCCUUCCUCGGGUCUGGCCCACGGCCAUUACCCGGUCCACAGCCUGCACGCCGUCGGGGGGCCCGCGCAGCACGACGGGCCCUUCUCGGCCGGAGCAUCCUCCUAUGGCCGCUCGCUGGGCUACCCGCCCUACCACGCUCCUGUGAGCGCGCACCAUCCAGGGACUUACCUGUCCUACCAACACGCGGGCCACAGCGGCGCGCUUGGACAUACGAGACUAGAAGACACGGAACACGAGAAGCCCACGGCGGUGAUAGAGAACGGGGAGGUGAGGCUGAAUGGGAAGGGGAAGAAGAUAAGAAAGCCUCGGACCAUCUACUCCAGCCUGCAGCUCCAGGCGCUCAACCAGCGCUUCCAGCAGACGCAGUACCUAGCCUUGCCCGAGAGGGCCGACCUUGCCGCCAAAUUAGGCCUGACGCAGACCCAAGUCAAAAUAUGGUUCCAAAACAAGCGGUCCAAAUACAAAAAGAUAAUGAAGAACGGGCCUUGUGGACCUGAGGGGGAUCACCUCGCCCCACCGCCACCAUCUUCCUCAUCUCCAUGCUCUCUGUGGGACAUCAGUAUGGCUGCCAAAGGUGCACCAGUGCACUCAGGAGGAUACAUGAACAAUUUUGGUCAUUGGUACUCUGGACAUCAGCAGGACACCAUGCCGAGGACUCAGAUGAUGUGACAGACAGGAAGAUACAAGGCCUCCUAGAUCAGCUGUGGACCUAUAUCAGCAAGCUGAACUGGAAAGUACACGGAUCAAUUACAUUGCUUACAUUCUGAGCCACUUUGGAGGUAAAAAUAGUAUUGAGCGGCACAUUAUGCUGUGCCUGAAAAGACGAAUUGUGCAACUCUUUGUGAACGCUGCAGCUCUGCACACAUGGGACAAUUAAAGGACUACAGGAACUGCUAAAGUGUGCCUGUUUAGUUUUUGCGGAAAUACACUUACAGACAUGCACGUUUUUUUGUUUUUGUUUUUCCAGAAAGACAUGUAAAAAUUAUUGUUUUUAAGGGCUUUCUAAUAAUUUUUUAAUGAAAAGUAAUAGUUCAGUGAACCUGUGUGUUUGCAGAUGUGAACGGUUUGAAGAACUGAAUAAAAGAAAAGUUCAUGGGGA